AUGACCUCCACCAUUGGCGUUCCGAUCAAGCUUCUUCACGAGGCCCAGGGCCACAUCGUGACUCUCGAGCUUACCAAUGGAUUCACUUAUCGCGGCAAGCUUCUUGAUGCCGAAGACAACAUGAACGUCCAGCUCAAGGACAUCACUGUCACCGCCCGCGAUGGCCGCGUUUCCCACCUCGAGCAGGUCUAUAUCCGCGGCUCCCACGUCCGCUUCUUCAUCAUCCCGGACAUGCUGCGAAACGCGCCCAUGUUCCGCGCCCGCAAUGUUCGCGGCCGUGGCGUGGGCCUCGCCCGCGGCCGUGCUACUGUAUCGCGUGCUCGAGCUAGUACCGGGCGAGGAGGACGAUAG